AUGAACGAUCCUCAUUUCGGUACCACAGCCUUGGAUAGCGCACAUUCUGAGAUUGUAACCUUUCAAGGACGGGAGUAUCAAAAAUAUGCACUUGAUAACCAGAUAUAUUUCGCUCCCAUCGACGAUGAAGAAAUCGAAAGGCUAGAGUUGGAGCAGCAACUUUUCAGCACAGUAUUCGAUGACAGAAUUAUAUUUCCACCAGUCCAGCAGCUGGAUAAAGUGCUUGAUUGCGGAUAUGGAUCGGGAACUUGGGCUGUCGAAGUUGCUGAGCAAUAUCCAGACUGUGAGGUUAUAGGGAUCGAUGUUUCUCCACAUAUGAAGCCCGAUGAUACGCCAGAUAACCUUUGGUUCCAGGUUGAUGAUUUGAACCGCACAUUCACUUUUCGUUCAAACCAAUUCGAUCUGGUUCAUUCGCGCCUGGUUGCUUCUGGCCUUGAUAAGGAAAGAUGGCCACGCUAUCUCCGUGAUAUUUUCAGGUGUUUGAAACGAGGCGGCUGGGCACAAAUGGUAGAAAUAUACUUUAAUGUCCAGUCAGAUAACGGAGCGUUGACUGAAAGCCAUUGCCUCAGGAGAUGGAGCACAAGUUAUAUUGCAGCUUUAGAGGGAGUGAAGGAUCUUCGAAGCGGAAUGAAGCUGGCUGGCCUGAUGGCUUCAGCUGGCCUUGUUGAUAUUGAGUCGAAGAUGAUACCCCUGCCCCUAUCUGGAUGGUCAACGGAUCCAAGGAUGAGGGCUAUCGGUAGAGCAAACCAAAGAAACGUGCACCUUCUCCUGGAAUCCCUUGGGCUAUAUCCACUAAUGCACCGGCUUGACAUGUCUGAGGUCCAGUUCCAAGAACUUUUAGCGGGUGCUAGGCAGGAAGCAGACGAUAUCUCAUUGAAGGCAUAUAUCCCAUUGUAUAUUUGCAUUGGGCGGAAACCAUGA